UUAGGGUUUGGGUUUGGGAAACGGCUCGGUUGCGCCUCCUUCUUCCGCUGCAUCGCCGCUCGCUACUCGGUACUCGCUGCUCGCUGCAUUAGGAGGAGAAAAUGGCAGAUACGAAGGCUGUUACUAUUCGAACCCGGAAAUUCAUGACCAAUCGCCUCCUUUCCAGGAAGCAAUUCGUCAUCGACGUUCUUCAUCCUGGGAGAGCAAAUGUCUCCAAGGCGGAAUUGAAGGAGAAGUUGGCGAAGCUGUAUGAGGUGAACGAUACCAACACGAUCUUUGUGUUCAAGUUCCGGACGCACUUUGGAGGAGGGAAAUCGACGGGAUUCGGUUUGAUCUACGACACCGUAGAGAACGCCAAGAAGUAUGAGCCCAAGUAUCGGCUUAUUAGGAAUGGACUUGCAACAAAAGUAGAGAAAUCAAGGAAACAGAUGAAGGAAAGGAAGAACAGGGCGAAGAAAGUCCGUGGUGUUAAGAAGACAAAGGCUGGAGAUGCUGCUAAGGCUGGGAAGAAGAAAUAAGUCAAACAGCAAGUGUUGCUACCGUACUCUACUGUUCAUCAUAGACGUUCUUGGUCACCUAAUCCACAUUUUCUGAGUUGUCUCAGAAGGAUGAUUUUGUAUUUGGUUGAGUUCAGUUUCAAGACAUUUUCUGCUGUUCUGAUCUUAGUUAUUCAUCAAUUAUGAUGUCUUGUUUGAUUUGUCA